ACAAAAGUCAACAUGAAGUUGAUAAUAGCAGUUGGCCUAAUCUGCCUUGUGGCGGUAUACGCGAGAGAGUUAGGUGAAGAUGAAAAAGAUCUUGUAGCGGCUGCUAGUGGUAAAUCCAGUCAUCAUGAAGAAGGCGGUGGCAAGGAGCAUCAUAGCCAUCAUCACCACGAACAUGGCGAAAAAGGACACAAAGGCCACAAAGGUCAUCAUCAUCACCAUAAAGGUGAGCAUGGGGAUCACGGUAAACAUCAUCAUGCAGGACAUCACCAUGAACACGGUGGUGGGCAUAAAAAGCAUUGGGAUGAACAUGAUCACCAUGGGGAACACCAUGAACAUGGCCAUCACCAUAAGGGUGGCAAACAUGGGCACAAGAAACACCACGACAAGGGUGAAAAAACCGAGGGUUACCACAAGAAAUAUCACAAGGACGAUUUCCAUAAAGAUCACCACUUUUAUGAUGACCAUCAUCAUGAAGGCAAACACCACAAGCAUGGGCACCAUCAUGGACAUCAUGAGAAACAUGGAGGGGACCACAAGAAGGGAGGUCAUCACGAAAGUGGUCACCACGAACAUCAUCACGGUAAAAAGGGUCACCACGAUAAACAUCAUUAUGAUGAAGAUCAUCAUGGUCAUAAAGGGCACCACGGUCACGAGGAGCAUCACCAUGACCACCAUGAUCAUGGAAAGAAAGGUGGGCACCAUGACCACAAAGAGUGGGGCUUCCAUCAUGGCAAGCAUUGAUCUCGUAUCAAACUGUGAUAUUAACUAUAUUUUUUAUGCAAAUAUUGUACAGUUAGGUAGUUUAUUCUUUUCACUGCUUUUAUUUUAUCGUUCUUUUAAUUCUUUUCCCGGCUAUCCAGGUAUUUCUUUGCAAAAAUUCUCUAAAAACUUUCCACCUUCAACUUCGCCUUUUAAAAUCCAACAUUACAUUCUUUUUAC